UGUAUAAGUAACGGGAUUCCUCAAUUUACAAUCAUAGCAUCUCACUGACGCUCUUCACACGAAGGUGAGACGGUGAUGACAGUGACACCCGCACAUCAACAUCGUCUACAGCGAAAUGCGUGAGUGUGUCAGUAUACAUAUCGGCCAGGCUGGAGUCCAGAUCGGAAAUGCAUGCUGGGAGUUGUACUGUCUGGAGCACGGCAUCCAGCCCGACGGUCGGAUGUCCUCGGAUAAGACCAUCGGGGGUGGGGACGACUCCUUCAACACCUUCUUCAGCGAGACGGGGUCGGGGAAACGCGUGCCCAGGGCAGUCUUUAUCGACGCUGACAGUUCUGUUAGUGCUAUCAGGAACGGACCUUAUCGGCAACUGUUCGACGACGAACUCUUAGUAUCCGGUAAGAAAAGCUCCGUCCUCUACUGCAAGGGCUACAAAACUCAAUCCAGUGACCUUCUCUCUCGUUCUCUUGACCGGAUCAAGAAAGCGACUGACCAAUGUAGCAACCUCCAGGGCUUCCUAAUAUUCCACGGCGUCGGCGGCGGCACGGGCUCUGGCUUCACGUCCCUGUUGAUGGAGAAACUGUCUGAUAUCUACGGCGACAAAAUGAAGCUGGCAUUCUCCGUGUACCCAACGCCCCAGCUGUCUGACGAAGUCGUUGAUCCCUACAACGCCGUGCUGUCCACCCACUUCCUUCUCCAACAAUCCGACUCCGUCUUUGUGAUCGACAACGAGGCUCUAUACAACAUCAGCCAUAACCUUAUCACUGAACGUCCCACAUUCGCCAACCUGAACAACGUGAUUGCUCAGAUGGCCAGUUCCGUCACUCUCCCUCUCCGAUCCGAAGGAGCCCUGAACGUGGAUCUGAAAGAGAUUCAAACCAACCUUGUUCCCCAUCCACGAAUCAAGUUCCCUGUGGCUAGUUAUGCGCCCAUUAUUAAAAAAGGCGGUGUUGGAACGCCGUCAGUUUCCGACAUGACAAACGCCUGUUUUAAUCCCAACAACCAGAUGGUUAGAUGUGAUCCGAGUCGCGCCACCUUCAUGGCUUGCUGUCUCCAAUACCGCGGAAACAUCGACCCCAAAGAUGUAAACAACGCUAUACGGUCUCUCAACGCCAAAGAGACAGCCAAGUUCGCCGACUGGUGUCCUAGAAACUUCAAGGUCGGAAUCCACGCGCAGGCGCCAUCUGCUUCCGCCGGAAGUGACCUUGCCGAGGUAGAGAGAGCUGUUUGCAUGCUCAGCAACAACACAGGUGUUGCUAAGGUAUGGGGUCGUCUCAGCCGCAAGUUUGAUUUGAUGUAUGCCAAGCGAGCUUACCUCCAUUUCUACGAACGUGAGGGAAUGGACAUGAAACAGUUUGACGAGGCUCGUGAAGACUUGGCCUCCCUGGAGGAUGAUUACAAGAAAAUUGAUGCGGGUUCAUUUGACGCUACGUCAUAAACUAAAACGCUGGGAGGUUUGAAUAACAUCAUGAAAAUAGAUCACGGGGUGUUUAGUAUCUUACAGAUUGCUGAUGAAACUAUACCAAACACCCUACAAAUAUAUUGUUUAGAAAACAUGUUCUGUUAAAGAGUAGGAACGAAUAACUUGAAAUUCCUCGGGUAAUGAGUUGCCUCAACUAGCUGUGUCCUGUCUCUUGGUGUUUAUAUACGAAUGCUCUCUGUAAAAAUUAUUCAUAUGAAUAAAUAUGUGUUGUUGAAACU